GUCAUAACGGAAAGCAUGUACUCGUUUUUAUUAGGUUGCAUCAACGGUUCAUCUGAUUGGUCCUUGAAUGCAGGAAGCGGAAAUGACGCCAUAUUGAUAGUUACGCCCAGUAAGGAGAAUUUGUCGAAACCGGGUGAGGAAUUUAUCUCUGUUCGCUCAGUACGGCACCCUGCUGACAUGCAGACCAUAAAGUGUGUUGUUGUGGGCGACGGCGCAGUUGGAAAGACAUGCCUAUUGAUAUCCUACACCACAAAUAAGUUUCCCUCAGAGUAUGUUCCCACGGUUUUUGACAACUAUGCAGUAACAGUUAUGAUCGGUGGUGAGCCGUACACACUGGGCCUGUUUGAUACUGCUGGCCAAGAGGACUACGAUCGUCUACGACCACUUAGUUAUCCACAAACGGACGUGUUCCUUGUGUGUUUUUCCGUAGUCUCACCGUCAUCAUUUGAAAACGUCAGAGAAAAGUGGGUACCAGAAAUAACACAUCACUGUCAGAAGACACCAUUCCUUCUAGUGGGGACCCAAGUUGACCUGCGGGAUGAUGCAGCCACUUUGGAGAAGCUGGCAAAGAACAAGCAGAAGCCUAUAUCAAACGAAAUGGGCGAAAAGCUUGCAAAGGAGCUCAAGGCAGUGAAAUACGUCGAGUGCUCAGCCCUGACACAGAAGGGGCUGAAGAACGUUUUCGACGAGGCCAUCCUUGCAGCUCUGGAGCCGCCAGAGCCAAAGCCCAAAAGGAAGUGCAUCCUGUUAUAGGCAAUACAGACAGCAGGAGAAAUGAAAACAGGCAACACAGAUUACAUAAUGCCAUGCUUCACUUGCAAGUCCACCAACAGGCAGACAAACGAGAUUUCCUGAACCCUAUCGAACGAACCCAAUGUACGGUUCCUGAACAAUGCCAAAUUUUGUCUGCGUGAUGGGAUAACAACAGAGAGAGAGAGAGAGAGCUACGUUUCCCCCUGCUCAAAGCUCGACUAGACGUCAUUUCAAGGCUAGUAGGUUUGUCUUGUUUAAAAGCUGCGAGAGCCAUUCAUGCUGUUGGAAUUGGACUGAUGAGAGUGAAGUGAUGCUACGUUCCCACCCCCCCACCCAACUUUCUUUUGUAUUGAGAAUCCACAGUAUUCCGUAAUGGUUGGUCGCCUCCACUUUAUGGCCAGGUGGCCAUUAUUAAAAUUUUUUACCGAGAGGUGAUCCGAGUAAAGUGCUUAAAUUUGGAAGGGAAUUAUUUAUAGGCAAGAUUUGCAUGUACGUUGAACGGGGGCAUUGUAUUGGGGUCCACACCGAGCUUUUUUUUUUUGUUGGUAACACUUGUUUUUUGCCAGCAGGAUUUCCUUCAUGUGACCGUUUGCUUUGCAUGUGUUGUGUACCACAGAUCUGCAGAGCAGUGAUAUUUAUUUUUGCCCUGCUUUGAUGUAGGUGAUCUUGUAUGAAAGGAACUUUUUAUUUCUUGUUCUUUCAAGGUGGCUUGCUUUGACGUACUGAGGAAAUACUUAAACGUGAGAGUUCUAACUAGAUGUUACUUGAUUGUGCCUCGUAAUAGUUAAACACGCAAUUAACGUUUUUGUAGCCUGAGUAGGCCAACAUUUGAUACAUAUGCAUAGACAAAGAUGACAAUUUUUAUAAUAAACAUUGAAAUUCAGCUCAA